AUGAUAUUUAAGAGCCUUAGAUUUUGGUUUAUCACGUCCGUGAUAGUGCUGUUAGUUCUUCCAUUCUUACGUGCCUCUCAACGUCAAGACGAGGUUCAAAAAUUAGUUGAAUUGAAGCACUUUAUUAAUUCUAGCCUUGAGAUCACUUUACCAAUAUACGUUCGCUUUGGGGAUUAUGGUUUUCAAUUUCCAGAUUUGGUUACUGCUACACAGAUUCAGGUUGAUACUGAAUUGCCGAAGGUUAGUAAAAAGAAUUUGAAAGUUAAAUUGGUUGAUAAUUUAGAAUUAGGUCAAAUCAAUAGGAGCCAACCUUAUGAAUCUACUUACGAUGAACAGUACAAGGUAGACUUAUUCUUUUCAACAGAUAACACAGUUGGAAUGGACUCUACAGAUAUGACUGCGUUUGUGUUUUAUAACUUGGAUGCAAUUAGAUCAAAUGAUCUACCUUUUUUCCUUACUCAGACCGUUAUUUAUCAUUUAUUGGAUUUCGAGCUCUCUAUGUCCCCUAAGGUUGAUCAUUUCAACUACUUCCCUACGCCCACUUUGAACUUCAUAUUAGUUGAUAAUGACAGUGAGACUGAUGUAGUGAAGCUCAAAGGAAUUAUAGAAGGACUACUCUUUGAUUUUCGAAAGCAUUUAAAUUCAUAUAUGAAUUUCACUAUUCAAACAUCUAAAAUUGAACCAGAGAAACUCUUAGAAGUGGAAGAACAACCUAAUGCAUAUAGCGAAAGUAUCGCCAAAUUCGUUAUUUCACAUGAAUCAAACCAAAAAGUUGUUACAGAAAGAUUCGAUGACGACUUUUUCACUUUCUUUUACAAUAAUGAUACAUCCUCUAAAUUUGUUGACCAAGAUAGAAACAUAUCCUAUUCGCUACAAGCUUUGAUUGAAGAAAGCUUGGGAUUUCCAGAUGUAAAAAAAAGUGUUACCUUAAAACAACUGGUGAUGAAGAGGCAUAGAACUAUAGAAGGUUUAAAUGCCAUAAUUGAUAAUUUUAUUAUUUGCUUCAAUGAACGAAAUGAAAAAAAUGUUAGGCUAUUCGAUGGUAAAUUGAAAGACCAUCUUGAAAAUCUCUCCACCCUUUUGAUUGAUUUGAAAGAAGAUGCAAAGCCAAACUGGGGAGAUUACCUUUUACGAGUCUAUAAGCUCAAUGAAGAUAUUAAACAGAUCAGAUACCAAUUGGAUGUAUUAUGA